AUGCAACGACGUCGUCUACAAUAUACUCUCGGAUUUUAUCGACAAUUAAAUAAUACUGGUUUAAAAGCGCCCACGUUAACACCUUUACACAACGUGCCAGUUCCACAAAUUUUUCCCCAACCGCCUCGUCUAUCAUCAAUUCAACCCUUAAUCCAGCGUUUUAUCUUUCGUGGCGCGACGGCUAAACGCGACUGGCAGAAGAACAAACCUUUCUUUAUCACGAAACAUCAGUACAAACAAUUAAAAUUAUCGGGAAAAAAUGGUCUAUAUAAACCAUCACAACAGUUGUUAAAUGCUUUAGGUCUCGAUUUACAAUUUCAUGAUGGAAGAAACCUUCAUGAAGCGACUCAGAUACAAUUUCGAAUUAUUAAACAAAAAAAAAGAACUUAUGCAACAGGAACAACACCGCGUCGUUCAAUUGAUAAUAUUUUCGUUCUGUACAUUCGUUUUAUUCGUGCUGCAUCAAUUCGUCUGACAUGA